GGAGCGCCCGGGUAGCAGGGCAGCAGGGGUUCGCAGCCCCAGCCCGGUCCGAUGUGGGAACCUCCAGGAACUGAAGCGUGCGCGGCGGCGCUCGCGGGCGCGCUCUUACUGCUGUUCUUCGCUCUGGGGGUCCGCCAGCUACUGAAGCAGAGGCGGCCGAUGGGCUUCCCCCCGGGGCCGCCGGGGCUGCCAUUUAUCGGUAACAUCUACUCUCUGGCCGCCUCAGCCGAGCUUCCCCAUGUCUACAUGAGAAAGCAGAGCCAGGUGUACGGCGAGAUCUUCAGUUUAGAUCUUGGAGGCAUAUCAACUGUGGUUCUAAAUGGCUAUGAUAUAGUAAAGGAAUGCCUUGUUCAUCAAAGUGAAAUUUUUGCAGACAGACCGUCCCUUCCUUUAUUCAUGAAGAUGACAAAAAUGGGAGGCUUACUCAAUUCCAGAUAUGGCCGAGGAUGGGUUGAUCACAGAAGAUUAGCUGUAAACAGCUUUCGCUAUUUUGGAUAUGGCCAAAAGUCUUUUGAAUCUAAAAUCUUAGAAGAAACCAAAUUUUUCAUUGAUGCUAUUGAAACAUACAAAGGUAGACCUUUUGACCUUAAACAGUUAAUAACAAAUGCUGUUUCAAACAUAACCAAUCUGAUUAUUUUUGGACAACGAUUCACUUAUGAAGACACUGAUUUUCAGCACAUGAUUGAGUUAUUUAGUGAAAAUGUGGAACUAGCUGCUAGUGCCUCAGUCUUCCUGUAUAAUGCCUUUCCAUGGAUUGGCAUCUUACCUUUUGGAAAACAUCAACAACUGUUUAGAAAUGCAGCUGUAGUCUAUGAUUUUCUCUCUAGACUUAUUGAAAAAGCUUCAGCCAACAGAAAGCCUCAGAUACCUCAGCAUUUUGUUGAUGCAUACUUAGAUGAGAUGGAUCAAGGUAAAAAUGACCCAUCAUCUACUUUCUCCAAAGAAAACCUGGUCUUCUCAGUGGGUGAACUCAUAAUUGCUGGAACUGAAACUACAACCAAUGUACUACGGUGGGCAAUUCUUUUGAUGGCCCUUUAUCCUAACAUUCAAGGACAAGUUCAGAAAGAGAUUGAUUUAAUUAUGAGCCCCAGUGGGAAGCCUUCUUGGGAUGACAAAUGUAAAAUGCCUUAUACUGAGGCAGUGUUGCACGAAGUUUUAAGAUUCUGUAAUAUAGUUCCAUUAGGGAUUUUCCAUGCAACCUCUGAAGAUGCAGUUGUACGUGGUUAUUCCAUUCCUAAAGGCACAACAGUAAUUACAAAUCUUUAUUCUGUACAUUUUGAUGAAAAGUACUGGAAAGACCCAGAAGUGUUCUAUCCUGAGCGAUUUCUGGACAGCAGUGGAUAUUUUGCCAAGAAGGAAGCUUUGGUUCCUUUUUCCUUGGGAAGAAGACACUGUCUUGGAGAACAGCUGGCUCGGAUGGAAAUGUUCUUGUUUUUUACAGCAUUGCUUCAACGAUUUCAUUUGCAUUUUCCACAUGAACUAGUUCCAAAUCUAAAGCCUAGGUUAGGCAUGACAUUGCAGCCCCAGCCUUACCUCAUCUGUGCUGAAAGACGCUGAAAGUACAUGAACAUUUGGGGGAAUACAAAUGUGUGUUUACCUCCCCCCUGAGCCUUGCUUAAUCAAUGUGUGUGUUUGGAUGAAAGUCACAGCAUCAUAAAGCCAAA